AUUGACUAAAACCCAAAUGGAUUACUUGCUAAAUAAAUAAUCAUGAAGAAGCAGGCGAUCACGUUGGUCACAUCUCUUUCUUAUUUUAGAAAACCCUUUCUCUUUAUUCUUUAUAAAUUGCCACAAUAAUUGUUCAUUGCAGAUCACCAUUUAUCUUCUCUCUCUCAGUCUCUCCUCUUAAUCUCCUUCAAAGCUGAUUAAGAGCUCAAGGCGAUGGCUGAACAACAACUAGGAGUGUUGAAGGCACUUGAUGUUGCGAAGACGCAACUUUACCAUUUCACGGCGAUUGUCAUCGCCGGUAUGGGCUUCUUUACCGAUGCCUACGAUCUCUUUUGCGUUUCUUUGGUGACAAAGCUCCUUGGCCGCAUCUACUACUUCAAUCCGUUAUCAGAAAAGCCUGGCUCACUUCCCCCUCAUGUUGCGGCUGCGGUCAACGGUGUGGCCCUCUGUGGAACCCUUGCUGGUCAGCUCUUCUUCGGAUGGCUCGGUGACAAGUUAGGAAGGAAAAAAGUGUAUGGUCUUACUUUGAUUAUGAUGAUCUUGUGCUCUGUCGCUUCCGGUCUCUCCUUUGGCAACCAAGCCAAGGGUGUCAUGACUACUCUUUGCUUCUUCAGGUUUUGGCUCGGGUUCGGUAUUGGAGGUGACUACCCUCUUUCUGCCACCAUCAUGUCUGAAUACGCUAACAAGAAGACCCGUGGUGCUUUCAUCGCGGCUGUGUUCGCUAUGCAAGGUGUCGGUAUCUUGGCAGGAGGUUUCGUGGGACUUGCAGUUUCUUCCAUAUUCGACAAAAAGUUCCCGUCGCCGACCUAUGCGGAAGAUAGGUUCCUCUCAACGCCUCCACAAGCUGAUUACAUUUGGCGUAUCAUUGUCAUGUUUGGUGCUUUACCCGCAGCUUUGACUUACUACUGGCGUAUGAAGAUGCCCGAAACCGCUAGGUACACCGCUUUAGUGGCCAAGAACAUCAAACAAGCCACACAAGACAUGUCCAAGGUCUUACAAGUGGAGCUUGAGAUGGAAGAGAGGACGGAGGCUAAAGACCCAAGACUUAACUAUGGAUUGUUCUCCAAGGAAUUCCUUAGACGUCAUGGUCUUCCCCUGCUCGGUUGUACUACUACUUGGUUCUUGCUUGACAUUGCCUUCUACAGCCAAAACUUGUUCCAAAAGGAUAUCUUUUCGGCUAUCGGAUGGAUCCCAAAAGCAGCCACCAUGAACGCCAUCCAUGAGGUUUUCAAGAUUGCUAGGGCUCAAACUCUCAUUGCACUAUGCAGUACCGUCCCUGGAUAUUGGUUCACGGUCGCGUUUAUUGAUAUCAUCGGAAGAUUUGCCAUCCAGCUGAUGGGAUUCUUCAUGAUGACCGUCUUUAUGUUCGCCAUUGCCUUCCCUUACGACCACUGGAUCAAACCGGACAAUCGUAUCGGAUUUGUGGUUAUGUACUCUCUCACUUUUUUCUUUGCCAACUUUGGACCAAACGCAACAACUUUCAUUGUACCGGCUGAGAUCUUCCCGGCCAGGCUAAGGUCUACAUGCCACGGAAUAUCAGCCGCGACAGGUAAGGCUGGAGCCAUCGUGGGGGCUUUCGGGUUCCUUUACGCCGCUCAGUCACAAGACAAGAACAAGACAGACGCAGGAUACCCACCGGGUAUUGGAGUCAAGAACUCAUUGAUCAUGCUUGGUGUCAUUAACUUUGUUGGUAUGCUCUUCACCUUCCUUGUUCCGGAGCCAAAGGGUAAGUCCCUUGAAGAACUCUCCGGUGAGGCUGAGGUCGAGAAAUGAAACUUAGUCAGUGAUUUCUGACGAUGAUACUAUUAUUGUAUUUCUGUUUUUUUAAUUGUAUUAAUAUUUGGAGUGCGAUGUUUGGUUUUGUUUUUAUUUUAUUUAUUCGCUGACGUUGUUAUAAGAUGAUACUAGGUGGUGGCUUGCCCAUGGCGCGAAUAAUGAAUAUUUAUUAAGUUUGUUUAUCAACACAUUUAAAAGAGAAAUUUAGCUAUCCUCUAUCUAUUAAUUAUUAAUUGAGAAUGUAUUUUAAUGAAAAAUGCUGAUUUAUUUUAAUUUGA